AUGGAGCUCUACCUCACAUUCCUUGAGCCUCACCGGAUCCGGUACACCACUGCCGACGGCGUUUUGCACGACGACUACGUCGAAGUAAAGUACGAGUUCACCACGAUCGAGAGUUCGAUCCAGCUGCAGGGUGACCUCAGGGGCAGAGACCUCAUUGAUUGGUUCGACGUCGACGUUAUUUGGUCAGACCAGCACCGGAGGCAAGACCCGUACGGCAAUGUACGGGGCUUAGGCACAAUUCAGAGGAUGAAGCUCUGGCGGGACAGAUACUCCACCUUUCACUACCUGACAUUCUACGCUAACCACCGCCGGCGCUGGAAGGAGUACCUGCUCGAUGACUUUGACAGAGAGCCCCGCCGGCGGGACGACGCCCGUCGGCAGCUUCAGCUGGGUGUACGCGGAGCCAGGAGGGGCAGCGCGCCUGAAAGCAGUCAAGGUCACGGCCACGGCCGCGAGCGGCGCUUAUCCAUCUUCCGCCAUAGACCUAGUACACCUCUCCCCAACGGCAACCCACCGCAGAGUACAGGCGAUAUUCGCUACCUCGGUAUCCAGUUCUCCAGGAACAACAACAUACAGUCCGGAACUGACGCGUGUAUGAAGAAGGUCAUUCUGGCCGUCAACGCCGGGUCCUCGUCGGUCAAGGUCUCGGUGUACACCGCUGGGUUUGGACAGUCACCUGUGCAGAUCGCAGAGUCCCAAGUGAGCGGCUUGACGGCGCCACCCGCAAAGCUCAAGUACGUGAGACGCGGCCAGGUCGUCACAAAAGAUGGCGACGUGGAUGAGAAGGUCAAUGGGCAGCAAGACGCUUUUAACCUCCUUCUGGACACACUAAUCAACGACCACGACCUCCCUGAAAUCGAAAGUAGGGAGGACGUGGCCAUUGUCUGCCACCGCAUCGUCCACGGCGGCGACUACGCCAAGCCGCAGCUGGUGGCAGACGGCACCUACCACCACCUCGAGAACCUCAACGACCUGGCGCCGCUCCACAACGCCAACAGCCUCGGCAUCGUGAGGCUCUGCAUCGACUCGUUGCCCGGCGCCCGCAACGUAGCCUGCUUCGACAGCCAGUUCCACUCCACCAUCCCCGACCACGUCCGCACCUACCCCAUCAGCCAGGACAUCGCGAGCAAAAACCGCCUCCGCAAGUACGGCUUCCACGGCAUCAGCUACGCCUUCAUCACGCGCGCCGCCGCCGGAUUUCUGGGCAAGCCCGUAGACGAGGUGAACCUGAUCGCGCUGCACCUCGGAUCCGGCGCCAGCGCGUGCGCCAUCAAGGCUGGCAAGAGCUGGGACACGAGCAUGGGGCUCACCCCGCUGGCUGGGCUCCCCGGUGCGACGCGGAGCGGAAGUGUAGACCCUAGCCUCGUCUUCCACUACGCAAGCGACGUAGGCAAACUGUCACCUGCAUCGACAAAAGAACUGCACAUCUCGCGGGCCGAGGAGAUUCUCAACAAAGAGGCCGGGUGGAAGGCGCUGACGGGCACCACCAACUUCGGCCUCAUCGCCGACGCCGACACCUGGCGGGACCACCCGGCCCGCCGCCUGGCCUUUGACCUGUUUGUCGACCGCGUCUGUGCCUUUGUGGGCUCCUACUACGUCACGCUGCGCGGCAACAUCGACGCGCUCGUCUUUGCGGGGGGCAUCGGCGAGAAGAGCGCCCGCUUGCGCGCCGCCGUGGCCGACCAGCUCGCCUGCCUCGGUUUUCAGCUCGACGCGGCCGCCAAUGAAGGGGGUGACGGUGGGGUUGUUUGGGACGUUGGCAAGCCUGGCGUGGUUCCGAGGUUGUUGGUAUGCCAGACGGACGAGCAGUUCGAAAUGGCGAGGAUGUGCGCCGAGGAGGAGCAGUUCUGGUCAUAG